UGCCUGCGCCCAGCCCGGCCACGGCCGCAUCCUCCCCAUGCUCCCAAAGCAAAUCCAAAUGUUGUGCUGCUUCGCCAGAAAGGGUGGAAAAACAUCUCACGGGCUUCGCCAUCCCCGCUCCAGCCUCCCCUCGGCGCUGCGCUGUGAUGAAACCUUCCCUGCGCUGUUUGGGGACGGCGUUACUCCGUUCGUCUGGGUGAAGGGGUGUUCCUAAACCCAGAGCUGCCUAAGUCCAGCUCCCCAGCGCCGGUUUCUGCUGGCACAGACUCACCUCCACGGGAGGAAUUCCUUGCCCAGGUUUGGGAAGGGCUGGUGUGAAACGACCCGAUUUAAACCACCAUUGGCCCUUCUCCCCGGGCUCUCAGACUGAUGCGUUCCGCCUGGAUGCGGUUCUGCUGGCUGCUUCCAGGAAUGGCCACGCAUCGCUCGGCAGCAAUUCACAGCCCUUAACCCACCCUCCACUCACUGUGAAACAUCGCUCACGGCUGCCCGGGACGCAGAAAAAAAAAAAAAAAAAAAAAAAAAAAAAUGAGGCUUUAUGGAGGGGAAGGGGAAACGCGCCGGGUUUCGCAUGCGGCUGCGGGAGCGGCCCCGUGCAGUGCGGGGACGGAGCCGUCAGGGCAGCGACGCUGCGUGGCGUGGGCCGAGGAUCCUCUCCUUGGUAGCACCUCCCUCCCCAUCCCCGUGACGGUUUUAACUUUUACAGUCUCCCUGGAGACAGUUAAGCAACUUUCUGGUGCUUUCCGGUGCUAAAGGGCCCUGGGAGCCGAAGAUGCACGGAGAAGCCUCCCAGGGGUGGAGGCGGAGAGGGGAGCGGCGGCGCUGCCAGGGCCAUCAGUGGGCCACCCGUCCGGAGCACACGGACAUCACCUUGGCCGUCACGGGGCAGCCACGUCCCCAUCCUUUUACCUCCCCAGUGCCACUUGGUGCCUGGCCAGGCAGCGAUGUGUCCAGGCAGGGUGUGAGGCACCGCCGGGGCUCGUCCCCAAGGACGCCGAGCCGACGUCGUCCCUCGGAGCCGCCGUCCCGACCGCGCGAUGCUGAGCCUCAAGCUACCCCGGCUGCUCAGCAUCAACCAAGUGCCUAAGGGCUACCAGGAGCAGGGCAUCCUCUGCGGGUACCGCCCCCCGCGGAGCUCGGCGGCCGACUGCCUCCUCAGCGUCUUCCAAAUGACCAACGAAACGCUCAACAUCUGGACGCAUUUCGUGCCCGCCUGGUACGUGCCGCCGGGGGAGGUCGGGCAGGGAUGCGCCGGGCGCGAUGCUCACCGCCUCCGCCCGCAGGUACUUCGUGUGGACCCUGGUGGGGCGGCUGCGGGGGCCGGGGGGCCCGGAGGACCCCCACGCCUGGCCCCUCCUCGCCUACCUGCUGACCUGCUGCAUCUACCCCCUGGCCUCCAGCUGCGCCCACACCUUCAGCCCCAUGUCCACCCGCGCCAGGCACAUCUGCUACUUCUUCGAUUACGCGGCGCUCAGCAUGUACAGCUUGGGUUCUGCGCUGGCGUAUUCAGCGUACGUUUUCCCAGACGAGUGGGUCAGCAGCACCUUCCACCACUGUUACGUCCCCAUCGCCGUGUUCAACACCGUGGUGAGCACCAGCCUGUCCUGCUAUUCCAGGUUCCUGGAGGUGGAGCGGCCGCGGCUCAGCAAGGCGUCCCGCACCCUGGCCUUCGUGUACCCCUACCUCUUCGACAGCAUUCCCCUCUUCUACAGGUUCUACCUGUGCGCCGUGCGGAGCUGCGCCGAGCCCGCGGUCGCGCUGCACUACAAGCACACCGCCUUCGCCUUCCUCACCUGCUUCAUCUUCGCCACUCACCUGCCGGAGAGGCUCGCGCCAGGACACUUCGACUACAUCGGGCACAGCCACCAGGUUUUCCACGUGUGCGGGAUCCUGGGCACGCACUUCCAGAUGGAAGCCAUCAUGAUGGACAUGAGCGAGCGCCACGAGCGGCUGCUGGCCACCUCGCUGCUGCCCUCCGCCCUGCAGACCCUGGUGCCCAUGGGCACCUGCAUGGCCAUCGGCCUGGCCGUCAUCGGGCUCUGCUCCGCGUCCCUCCGCUUCAUGCCCGAGCCUGGGCACAAAGACAAGCCACACGGGCACUAGGCUUCGGGUCUAGGUGGCACCCGUGCUGCUCUGCAAGCCAGAGCCUAAACAGCACGUGGAUGGGAUGAACGAGGAGUUUAUCUGCAUACGCUCUAGGAGAAAAUGUUUAUUUACGGUUUCUCGAGAGCGGAACAUAUUGCACUGUUUUUUGUACAUAUAGCUUUAAAGCUGGGAACAGAUUAUGCAAUGCUUUUAAUCAAGUUGGUCUUUCACCACCAGAAAUAUUGAAAAUAAUCUUAACGUUUCCUGCAAAAGGGAGAUAAGUGCUAAUACUUUCCAAAGCAAUAGGCAUUCAUCGGUUCUGCCUUAUGGAGGACGUGGGGAAGCAAGGGCAGGGGGGAGCACCGGGGGUACGAAUGUCCCUGCUGGUGGCUUGGUCCUGAAGCAGGCCCCGAUGGCAGGGAAGGGAACGCGCUGUGCGCCACAUCCCGAGCGCUGAGCCCAGGGCCCUCACCUUGCAGGUCCUGUCAUCUGGGGGGCCAAAACUCAGAUAUCAGAGUCCUUGCACUAAACCCAAGUGCCUACCCGAUACGGGACUGAGGGAGACCAGGGCGUGCCUACACUUUAAAUUUUACUGAAAUAGCUAUUUUUGAUAAUUAUCCGGAAAGUGUUACUCCAAGGGAUCUCUCCAUGCGGAUGCUCCUCCAGAAUAGCCCUUUUUGCCCAAUUGCAGUGCAUAGAUGAGUCCUGGGGAGUGAAUUUCCGUGCAAGAACUCAGCUCUCACCCUACGGCUGGGGGCACCUCUGCCCCUCCUUGCCUUCUGGUCCCUCUUGCACAGAAAAGUGUUUGUGGCUCCCCUAGGGCUGGUGGCUCCAGCGACGGAGCCGUGCCCGUGCCUGGCUGGGCUCCAUGGCGCAAGCAGCCCGCCAAAGGGGAUCGCUUCUCCUCCAAGAGAGGUCCUGAGGGCUUUGGGGACGCUUCCGACGAGGCUGUCACGUUGGUUUUACCCGAUACCUUACAGGAGGUGCAUGUGAUGCAGAUGACUGCUAUGGAAUGUUAUCAAGCUCCUUGAUAAUCAUACGGGUGUAUAACUUGUUUCGCGUAUAAUUACCUCUCUCAAGGUAUACUAGAUGCACUUUUGAGUGACAACACAAUGGCUCGUUAAAGAUAUUAUGGGACAACUAAGUCUUUUGAAAGCAAACUUUCUUUUGAAAACUGACCAAGAUUUAUAUUAAUAUUUAUAAGCACUGGAACAUAAUUGUUUAUUCAACAGUUUUAUUUCAUUAAAAGAGGAAACUAAUAUAACUAUGGCACUGAUGUAUUCUAACCUGAUUUGGAUAGUUCCGUUUCUGUCUGUGAAAAUAAUCACUUCAGAGAUAAUUGCUAAUAAUUGCAAAGCUUAUUUACCUUGUGUAUAUGUGUAACUGGAAAGGAAUCUGGCUCUAUCUGCAAGACAUGAUUUAAGCUCUGUAAACUUUACAUUAAUUACUCUAAUUUUUUUCUUAGUUGUUUGUUUAACUUCUGAAUUUGGGAAGUUCUCUGGUGCUCUUGAGGUGAACUUACUUGCAGGAAAACUACACUGAAAAUAUAGCACUACUUUCUAUACUGCCACAAUCCCUCCGGAUCCUGCAGCCCUUUGCACAGAUCCUCUGCCCAGUGCACACCUUACACAACAAGUGAGUGAAUGUGGUUUGAUCUUGGAGCAGCAUAGCCAAGCCAGAUUUCUUAUUCAGUUGGAGACAGGCCUUCAGAAAGCUGUUCAAUGUACUUCAUUUUAUUCACAUAAAGAAAUAAAAGCUUUGUGUCAAGUUGUAAACAA